UUAACUCGCGGCCCAAUCACUCCAUAGUUCCCGGUCCAACCAGCCGCCGCUCUCCUUGCUGCUAGACACACGCCGCCGCUCCCCUCGCUCAAGACCUUGCUGCUAGGUAUGGAAGGGGAAGACGCGAGCUCGGCGGCGGAGGCCGCGCUGGGGCUGAGCCCUCAGAUCUUCGUCAACGAGGUCCACAACAUCAUUGCAGACCUCCGCUACGAGUGCUUCAAGGAGUACUGCCUCCAGGAAGGAACCGUCGACGCCGUCGGCGCCGCCACGGCGACCAAUAAGGCCGAGGAGCUGCAGCAGGGAGUACAAUACAUGCACAAUUUAGUUCAGGAUGUAUUGGACAAGAGAAUGGGCAAUUGGGAGAAAUAUUGCCUCCGGCAUUGUUUAACUGUGCCUGAAGAAUUUGUCGCACCUGAAGAUGAUAAUUUUUCUGCAAAAGUGUCACAUAAAGAUGGGAAUUAUGAUACGGAGCUGGAUGCAGAACUUAAUAUCUUGAGGACAAAACUCGGAAAUGCUAACAAGGAAUCUGAAGAACUUCAAAGAGAGCUUUCUUCGCUGGAAAGGCAAGCUACGUACAAGACUAACCUUAAAUCCUCCAUUGCUGAAGUACUGAAAGUGUUCGAAGACAAAUCUGUUCAGGACAAUAUGCAAGCUCUUGUGAACAUACUACCAAAAUUGCGCCAGAAAAUGAAGGUUAUGAAAAGGAAAAAGCUCGAGUUUGAGAGCAUGGUGGGUCUAAGUUUUUUGGACGCUAAUGGUAUUAGAAACCAGAAGCGUUUAGCGUCGUGUUCGAAUGUUAGCACCGAAGACAUUCAAGAGGUGAAUCGGGCUUUGGAUCGCUUACGGAAGGAGUAGCUUGCAGUGUUGUGUUACUGAUGCUUGAGCUGAGGGCUUCAUGAUGUCUGCAGAAGUGUGCUGAUGCAAUCUUUUUGUAAUGCUGGGUUGUAUGAACUGUUGGCUAUUUCUGAAACUUUCUAGGGCUAGGUUAGGGGGCAGGUUUUCGUCCCGUACUCAAUUCCCGAUUGUGGGGCUGGUUAGCGGGUUUCCUGUCCCAUAGUUUGUUUCUCUCCCCAAUCUCGCUCUUAACCUCUUUUUCUUUGCCUCGUCACAGUGCCAGGCUGCCAGCUCCGACAUACUUCCGAAGCUACCCUCUCGCUAGCUACCUAUGUGAUGUAAACCUGAACUGCGAUUCUACCUAAACAGUUGAGUGUACAUGUUGACAUGUAAACCUAAUCUGCAAUUCUAUCGAACAGCUGUGUGUACA